GCCGAGGGCGGGAAGCGGGGCCGAAGCGGAGGCCGGGGGCCGCGGUCUUCCCGGUAGCUGAGGCAGGGGCGGAGGCGAGGGAGGCGCCGCGCGGCCUAGGGCUCCGCGGGCCGAGCGGUGUCGCCGCCUGUCCAAACGGGGCGUGCGUGGCCGCCACUCCGCCGCGCAGCCGUUCUCCACGCCGCCCCCAGCCAGCUUUGUCUUCAGGGCCGAAGGUUCCCACGGCCAAGUUUUGGGUUGGAAAGCGGGAAAUUCGCGGUCGGAGAGCUCUGGCGCCCCCUCCGGGCCCCCAAGUUUACGUUAUCUGGAGAGCGUCCUGCGCAUUAUGGAUCCAAGCCUAUUGAGAGAACGAGAGCUAUUCAAAAAACGAGCUCUUUCCACCCCUGUUGUAGAAAAACGUGUAGUAUCUUCUGAGUCAUCCUCAUCAUCAAAGAAGAAGAAGGCUAAAGUAGAGCAUGGAGGAUCAUCAGGCUCUAAACAGAAUUCUGAUCAUAGCAAUGGAUCAUUUAACCUGAAAGCUCUGUCAGGAAGUUCUGGAUACAAAUUUGGUGUUCUUGCUAAGAUUGUGAAUUACAUGAAAACACGGCAUCAGCGAGGCGAUACACAUCCUCUAACUUUAGAAGAAAUUUUGGAUGAAACACAACAUUUAGAUAUCGGACUCAAGCAGAAACAAUGGCUAAUGACUGAGGCCUUAGUCAACAACCCCAAAAUUGAAGUAGUAGAUGGGAAAUAUGCCUUCAAACCCAAGUACAACUUGAAAGAUAAGAAGGCCCUACUUAGGCUUUUAGAUAACCAUGACCAGCGAGGAUUAGGAGGAAUUCUUUUAGAAGACAUAGAAGAAGGACUGCCUAAUUCCCAGAAAGCUGUCAAG